AUGAAUGAAAAGUGUCGCGGCGACUAUGGUGAACAGCGGGAGGUACCGGAUGCAGGCGAUCCAGAUCAACCGUCGGCCGGCCACAAGUGUCGUCUGUGUUUGGACGGUUUUAACUUUUCCGAUGCAACGUUCCUCAUCGAUGACAGCCUUCGGCAAAUGAUGGAAACUGUGUUCCACUUUUCGGUCGUUGCAGAUGAAGCGCUGCCGGAAAAUGUUUGCCACCGAUGCCAAUCGCUGGUAUCGGAAUUCUACACGUACAGUCUCCAGGUAGAGGCCAACCAGCAGCAGCUUUGGACCCAUCGCAAAGAACGGAAAAAUGAAGUGUUCGAAGAGGUGAAAAUUGAGCCCGUGACCGAGGGCGAAAUCUACGAUAUCGAGUUUGCCGAGGUGCCAGUUUCGGUAAAGAUAGAGUCAAACGAGACUUCCACACUGGCUGAUCAAAAUACUGAACGCAACGCUGAUGCAGACUACCGCCCGGGGGAAAAAGAAUUGGCCGACGAAGUCGACGACGAUGGUGAUGAUGAUGGUGAUGACGAUGAAGACCGAUCGGUUAGUUCUGGCCCAACGGGAAUGAAACUCAGGAGACACCGUCAGAGGAUGGUGAAAACUGAAAAGCAUUCCCGGAGUAUUACUGCCAAGCUAAAGCCGGAAGGCGAUAAAUCGGACACGGAGGAGGCUGCUAAGCAGGAAGACGACCAGCGAAUACAGGAAUUUUACAAAUUCGAGUGCGAGGUUUGCUCCAUGAAGCUGGAAAACUUGACCCACCUCCAAUCACACUAUCGGCGGGAGCACGCCAUAAAGGGGUACAUCCGCUGCUGUGAUAAGCAACUGUUCCGCCGGUUCCAGCUGUUGGACCACAUGGCAGGUCACCAGGGAACGAUCAAAUGUGACAUUUGCCACAAAACCUACAAAAGCAGCCGCUACCUGGCGCUGCACAUGAUGAAGAGUCACAGCCGCGAAGAAGACCGCCCAUUUAAGUGCACCAAGUGCCGGCAGUCGUUCCACAAAGAGCAUCUGCUUAAAGCCCACCAAGCGAAUCACUUGUCGGAGAAGUGUCCGAUCUGCGACAAAAUAGUUUCGUCGAAGUACGCACUGAAAACGCACGUAUCGCACAUGCACGGCACUGACGGCAACCAGAUUUGCGACGUAUGUGGCAAGGAGUUUCGCACCAAGCAGGCCAUGGAGCGGCACAUUAACGAGCACCUGGGCGUGGAGGUGGUGCAGAAAGUACAGUGCCACGUGUGCCAACGUUGGUUCCACGGCAAGUACAAUCUGCGGAAGCACAUCCGGUUUAUGCACAUUGAAGAUGGCCAAGUGUUCCGGUGCGAUGUCUGUCAGCACGAGAGCCCCAAUAGUCGCGCCCUGUUGGAUCACAAGAAGCGUGUGCACGUGGAGGAGAAGUUCGCGUGUGAGUUCUGCGGCAAACGUUUCAAACGCAAGCUGUAUCUGCGGGAGCACAUUGCGUCCCACACCGGGAAGCCGCUGUACUCGUGCGAUGUUUGUAGCGCCACGUUCAAUUCCAACGCCAACUGCUACAACCACCGCAAAAGCAAGCAUCCCGUCGAGUGGGAAGCACGGAAACAGGCGUACUUGGAUGCCCAGAUGAAAAGUCCCACCGAUGACGCGAAAAGAGAGCCGUUGUAGAUAAU